AUAUAAGUGAUUCUUGUGCCCAGUUUUAUCAGUCAGGUUAAGACACCCAUUAUCGAAACACGUCGGGUCUCCAAUAUUUUCUUCUACUACACAUUACAGUUCAGGUUGAGGCCGCAAAUAUGUUGAAAAAGGGAAUACUGUCAGCUGUGCUUCUCGUCACUCUGUUUGCCAUCAUCGGUACGUCACAGGCCGGUCAUCUAAGGCCUAAUCCAUCUUGCGGUCCCACAGUUUGCAUAGCGCUCUAUGACCCCGUUUGUGGAAGCGAUGGAAAGACAUACUCCAACUCCUGCGAAAUAGGUGUCGCGCAGAGAUGCAAAAAUCCAAGACUAAGGACUCGUUGCCUAGGAGAAUGUAGCAAGUGUAGAUAUUCGUGAGUGACAGAAGUACUCAUUGAAUAUGGAAAACAUAUUUACAAAUAAUACGCAAAUUCAUCUGCAUCAUUGAUGUAAUUCUUCUUGAAUAUCAGUGAAUAUUUGACUUAAAUUUCCUACAUCACUUAUCUGUAUCAUUCACUGAAUGAAUUCCUUUUUUUUCGUUGUAUAAUUCAUAAGAAAAAAUAAAAAAACCUGCAUCUAAAA